AUGAGGCUGUGGGGCAGAGCGACAGCUGUCCGGAGGAGGAUGCUCUGCCUCUGGCUGCUGCUCCUCGGGUUCGCCCUGGUUACUCUUGCGCUCUCGGAUCUUUUCAACCGGGAUCGCCGCGACCACAUUCGUGACAAGCCUGGCCCUCCCCGCCGACCCCUCCAGCGGAUCCCCAGUCCGCCGGACCUGGAGCUCAUCGUGGAGUCCCGCGACCCCGCUUUAGAGCUCGGCGUCGACGUGGCUCCGCUCAAAUCUCUGCAAGAAGACGAGCUGUUAUUCGUGCCAUCCAUGCAGGGCACCAAGAGCGCGCCGCAGAAGAAGGGAAGCUACAAGGUGCUCAUGCCCGGAACCAACAAGGGGACAAGUGUCCCGGGGACCCAGAGGCACGGUGAAAUGGGUAAAGCAGUGCGGCUACACCUGGGCGGGUUGGAGAGGGAUAUGGAGCUGGCUGCGGUGCAAAAGUACGGCUUCAACGAGGUGGUCAGCGAGAGGAUUUCACUGCAUCGCAGGCUGCCAGAGACGCGUCAUCCUGAGUGUUUUGGGGAGCAAUACAGCGAGUCUCUGCCUUCUGCCAGUGUUGUUAUCUGUUUUCAUGACGAAGCCUGGUCCACACUGCUGCGCACCGUGCACAGCGUGCUCGAUACAGCACCCAAACAGUAUCUGCAGGAGGUUCUGCUGGUGGACGACCUGAGCCAGCACGGUCACCUGAAGACUGUGCUGAGUGAAUAUGUGUCUCAUCUGGAUGGGGUGCGUUUGAUUCGCAGCACCAGGCGCCUGGGUGCCGGUGGGUGCCGCUCACUCGGCGCUGCAAGGGCAGUAGGGGAGGUGCUGGUGUUCAUGGACUCCCACUGUGAAUGCCAGAAGGGCUGGCUGGAGCCACUGCUGGAGAGAGUUGCGCAGGACAGGACUACAGUGGUGUCACCCAUCGUGGAUGUAAUAGACUGGCAGACCUUUCGGUACAAUGCCACCCAGUGGCCAGUUAGAGGAGUGUUCGACUGGAGGCUUGACUUCUAUUGGGAGUCGAACCCUCAGCUGGAAGAUAAGGACCCAGAGAUGGCUGUUCGACCUGCGAGGAGUCCUGCUUUAGGAGGUGAAGUUGUGGCCAUCGACAGACACUUCUUCCAAAGCGUGGGAGCCUACGACCCCGGGAUGCUGCUGUGGGGGGCGGAACAUAUUGAGCUGUCAAUUAGGGUGUGGUCAUGUGGGGGCUCCAUGGAGGUGGUUCCUUGCUCCCGUGUGGCCCACCUCAACCGCCACCACCUGCCGUAUCACUUCCCAGACGAGGACCUGCUUCAGAGGAACAAGAUCCGCAUCGCUGCCAUCUGGAUGGACGCAUACAAGAAGAUCUUCUAUAGGAGGGACACGCUUGCUCAUUUUAUCAGGCAGUCUGAGAGCCCAAACAUCACGGAGCGUCUGCGGCUGAAGAGGAGUCUGGGUUGUAGGAACUUCCACUGGUUCCUGACUACGGUUUACCCACAACUCUACGUCCCUCAGGACAGACCUGCUCUGUCAGGAGAGCUGUACAGCGUUGGCACCGGCGGUUGUGCAGACUACCCCCGCGGGCAGGGACUGCAGGGCGGAGCCAUGAGUACGGCACCUUGCAGCGGGACGGGCAGCCAGCACUGUGAUCUAAACUCCGAGGGUGAAGUGCGAUGGGGUCCCAUGGGGGAUUUGUGUUUGGACACCAAGGGAGACAGGGCGGUCCUCUCUCGGUGCCCCGCCCACCGACCCACCGCCAGCAGACUCCAGUGGAAGUUCAUAAAGCUGAGCGGCCAGCUCGUGCACCUAGAGUCCCAGUUAUGUCUGGAGGCCGUGAAGGAAGGAGGGCUCCAGCAAAGUAGCCCGAGAGAAGUCAACAUCAGCGCAGGAGGUCUCUUCCUGCGCCAGUGCACACAUCACCCCAGACAACAGUGGCACUUUGAGCAAGUGGUGGCUCCUAAAGGUGCCUGAUACAUGAAGCACAGAGUGCAUUUUCAAGAUGUGAAUCACAGGCAUAUCUCACAAGCUUAUUCUAUACGUACUAUUAACAGUGGCAUAAAACGUGCCAUGCAGUGGUGUAGAAAAGUAUCCUCAUUAUAAUUUGUCUCUAGACUCUGCCACUCAGCUUGUUUUGUUCCUGUUUUAAGGAUUGCAAAUAUCAUUAACUCCUAAUUGUAGUUAAAUAAUAAUAAAACAAAUCAUCUAUUAGGAAUAUCAAUUUUAACAUCUGUUACUGUAUUAUAUUUAUGUGUACUUCAUCAUAUAAUAUAUAAAGACACUGUAGAUUAAAUUAUGUUAAAUUAU